GUCCAGGGGAAGAAGAAGCUUCUGCUCUCUCAGGAACUCAAUGGAGAAUCCAGAUAGUCCAGACUCCAUAGAUUUGGAGUCCAAGAUCAUGACCAAGAAUGAGCCAGAGGAGGACUCUCCCCAUAGAGUGAAGAUUGAAAGACUCAACAUUGUUGAUGAUUACUCCUCUAUUUGUGGGGAAUGGGGUGAAAGUGAGAGCCAGGUAAAAAGUGAGGAAGUAAAACAGGAGAGUGAUGUAAGAAAAAUCACCAAAGGCCAGAAGAUUCAAACUAGAGACAAAUGUUAUAACUAUAAGGAAUGUGGGAAAGUCUUCCCUCCAUAUGCAAACUUUUCUGAACAUCAGAAAGUCCAUGCUCUUGAGAAGGCUUAUAAGUGUAAUCAAUGUGGGCAAACAUUUACUCACAAGUCAAGACUUAUUCGACACCAGAGAAUUCAUUCUAGAAAGAAGUGCUAUAAAGGUAAUGACUGUGGGAAAGCCUUUAGUCAGACCUUAACCCAUGCUUCACAUCAGAUGAUUCAUACUGAAGAGAAACCAUAUAAAUGUAGUGAAUGUGGGAGAUCCUGUCCCAAAAACUCAAUUCUUAUUAGGCACCAGAGAAUUCAUACUGGAGAGAAGCCUUAUAAAUGUCAGGAGUGUGGGAAAGCCUUUACUGAGGUGUCAAAACUUAAUAUACAUCAGAGGAUUCAUACUGGAGAGAAGCCUUAUGAGUGUAAUGAUUGUGGGAAAGCCUUCAAUAGAAGUUCAUCCCUUGUUAGGCAUCAGAAAAUUCAUACUGGAGAGAAGCCCUAUAAAUGUGACAAGUGUGAAAAAGCCUUUACUGAGAGCUCAAACCUUAUUUUACAUCAGAUGGUUCAUACUGGAGAGAAGCCUUAUACAUGUAAUCAAUGUGGGGAAGCCUACACUAAAAACUCAAACCUUGUUAGGCACAAGAGAAUUCAUACUGGAGAGAAGCCUUAUAAAUGUGAGGAGUGUGGGAAAGCUUUCACUGAGAUGUCAAAACUUACAACACAUCAGAAGAUUCAUAGUGGAGAGAAACCUUAUAUAUGUAAUAAAUGUGGGAAAGCCUUUACUGGAAAUUCAAACCUUUCAAAACACCAGAAAAUUCAUUCUGGAGAGAAGCCUUAUAAAUGUGCUGAAUGUGGGAAAGCCUUCAGUCAGAGCUCAGUGCUUUAUAGGCAUAUGUUGAUUCAUACCGGAGAAAAGCCUUAUAAAUGUAAUGAAUGUGGGAAAGCAUUCACUCAGUACUCAACCCUUUUCAAACAUGAGAGAAUUCAUACUGGAGAGAAGCCUUAUAAGUGUAAUGAAUGUGGGAAAGCUUAUACUCGAAACUCAACCCUUUUCACUCACCAGAGGAUUCAUACUGGAGAGAAGCCUUAUAAAUGUGAAGAAUGUGGGAAAUCCUUCAAUGAAAGCUCUACUCUUACUGUACAUCAGAUGAUUCAUACUGGGGAGAAGCCUUAUACAUGUAACGAAUGUGGGCUAUCCUUCACUAAAAACUCAUUCCUUGUCAGGCACAAGAGAAUUCAUACUGGAGAGAAGCCUUAUACUUGUGAGGAGUGUGGGAAAGCCUUCACUGAGAUGUCAAAACUUAAAAUGCACCAGAAGAUUCAUAGUGGAGAGAAACCUUAUAAGUGUAAUAAAUGUGGAAAAGCCUUCACUGAGAACUCACGCCUUUUGAAACACCAGAGGAUUCAUACUGGAGAGAAGCCUUAUAAAUGUAAUGAGUGUGGGAAAGCCUUCAGUCAGAGCUCAAUGCUUAUUAGGCAUAUGAUGACUCAUACUGGAGAGAAGCCUUACAAAUGUAGUGAAUGUGGGAAAUCCUUCACUCAAAAGUCAAGCCUUUUCAUCCACCAGAGAAUCCAUACUGGAGAGAAUCCUUAUAAGUGUAAGGAAUGUGGGAAAGCCUUCCGUAGAACCUCAGCACUUAAUAAACACCAGAGAGUUCAUACUGAAGACAAGCUUUAUAAAUGUAACGAGGAAACCAAUAUGGCAGAAGAGAGGCAGCCACCCAAAUGGAACUCUCCCAACAUUCCCCUCAAAAAACCUUUACCACAAGGACUAGUGCUCCUUGUAGAUCCUUAUUACUGCCCUCCUCCAACUUGCUCUGAAAAUAGCAGCAUGAAGAAGGCUGAAGCUGGGGACUGUGCCUCCCUACCUCUGAAUUUGGAAUCCAAGAUCAAGACUGAGAAUGAGCCAGAGGAGGGAUCUUCCCAUGGAGUGAAGAUUGAAAGACUUGGCAGUGUGAAUGAUUACUCCUCUCUUUGUGGGAAAUGGGGUGAAAGUGAGAGCCAGAUUCAUGACAACUUAAGACUUAUUCAACAUCAGAAGGUUCAUGCUGGAAAGAAACGUUAUAAAUGUGAGGAAUGUGGGAAAGCCUUCUUUGAGAUUUCAAAACUUCAUAUACAUCAGAAGAUUCAUACUGGAGAGAAGCCUUAUAAGUGUAAUGAGUGUGGGAAAGCCUUCACUCAAAAUGCUACCCUUUUCAAACACCAGAGGAUUCAUACUGGAGAGAAACCAUAUAAAUGUAAUGAGUGUGGGAAAGCCUUCACUCAAAAAUCAACCUUAUCCAACCACCAGAGGAUUCAUACUGGAGAGAAGCCUUAUAAAUGUGAUGAGUGUGGGAUAGCCUUCAGUCAGAGGUCAACCCGGAUUAAACACCAGAGGAUUCAUACUGGAGAGAAACCUUAUAAAUGUAAUACAUGUGGGAAAGCCUUUGUGGAGAGAUCAAACCUUAUUCAACAUCAGAAGAUUCAUACUGGAGAGAAGCCUUAUAAAUGUAAUACUUGUGGGAAAGCCUUUAAUCAAAACUCAACCCUUUUCAACCACCAGAGAAUUCAUACUGGAGAGAAGCGGUAUAAAUGUGAGCAAUGUGGGAAAGCCUUUAGUCAGAGCUCAACCCUUAUUUCCCAUCAGAUGAUUCAUACUGGAGAAAAGCCUUAUACAUGUAGUGAAUGUGGGAAAGCCUUUCGUAAAAACUCAACACUAAAUGAGCACCAGAAAAUUCAUACUGAAGAGAAACCUUCUAAAAAUGAGAAAUGUGAGAAAGUCUGCAGUCAGAGCUCAACCCCUUCACAUAAAAAAUCUCAUAAUAGAAAGAAGCCUUAUAAAUGUAGUCACUGUGGGAAGGCCUUUCCUAAAAACUCAAUACUUGUUAAACACCAGAGAAUUCAUACUGGAGAGAAGCCUUAUGAAUGUAAUAAAUGUGAGAAAGCCUUCACUCAGAGCUCCACCCUUAUUAAACACCAGAGAGUUCACACUGAAGAGAAGCCUUACCAAUGUAACGAAUGUGGGAAGGCUUUCAAUCAAAAAUCCAACAUGAUACGCCAUCAGAGGACACACACUGGAGAGAAGCCUUACAAAUGCCGUGAAUGUGGGAAAGCCUUUAUGAGAAAGGUCCUCCUGAUCUUACACAAAAGGAAACAUAAUGGAGAGAAUGUGGAAAAGUAAAGGGUGUGGAAAAGCAUCUACUGAAUAGUUAAACCUUAUUGUACGUCUGGAGAUUCACCCUGGAUAGAGACCUUAUUAGUAUAAUGAAAACCUCCAUUCUGAGCUCAGCCUUUAAGGACAUUAUGUAAUUCAUACUGGAGAGAAGAAAGCCUAAAAAAUAUGGGGAUGCCUUCUUUUGCUUUUAAAUAGGAAAGGAUUCUUCUUGGAAAAUACCCACCCCCUUUAAAUGUAAUGAAUUUGGGAAAGUAUCCUAUGGCUGAUAUAUCAGAAAUGGAAGAAUGCAAAAUCAUUUGUUGCUUACAGUGGCCAAUUACUGGAUUAAGUCUUGGUAUAUAAAUAGUAAGAAAAGAUAGUCCAAUUAGAGCUGCCUCAAAGUGUUAUGGGGGAGGAGAUGUAACUGUGGGUAUUAGGACAAGUUUGGCGGUCACCUGUUAGGGAUGCUAGGCAUGGAUGGAAGGCAUUCUUGUCAGAAAUUGUUUGGAAUAAAUGUCUCUGAGGUAUCUCCUAUCUAGCUGUGAAAGCUCUUUCAACGUCCCCUAACUUUUCCUAGAAAUAGCAUCUCAUCUUUUUAAUACCAGUAGUCUAUUAGUAUUGUAUGGUCAUGAAAUUUGGAACACUAUAGUUUCCAAAGAAUUGAACACGGAUGUUACCUAGAAGAAGAAGAAGUGUGUAUUGUAUUGGAGCAAGUAAAUAUGAGCUGUCAGUCUGGAAACACAGAUGAACUGUUUGCAUUCUUUUGUGCAAAGAUGACUCAAUCCCCUCAGAAUUCUGUCAUCACACAUCAUCCAGGGAAUCUAAUGACACAGAGGUCAUGGGAGUAGUGAUUUCAUCUUCUGAUGAUCUUAAAUGAAGAAUAGAGCAGAUAGGUAGCACAGUGGAUACAGUGCUGGGCCUGGAGGCAGGAAGGCUCAUCUUCCAGAGUUCA